GCAGAAUAGAAUUGUUUUAUAUACCAUAGGUUUUUUUUUAUCUGUUUCAUCUGAUCUCCAGUUUGCGAAGAUGUUGAGCGCCUAUUCACCAAAGACUACUAAUUCAAUUGUUGAUAAUGAUUUAUCAUCCAAACUAAAAAACACCAAGAUGAAUGACGAGAAUCAGGUCCCAUGUUCACUUUCCAUUAACAUAAAGAAGAAACCACUUGGAGAAAGUCAGACCCAGAAUAUCCUUUCAAGUACACAGAUGAACAAAGAGUCAGUGAAGCCAAAAUCAACAGUGGUGGAAAAGAAAAAGCGAAGAAAGCCUGUAGAGAACAUUGAAGAAGAACCAUUACUGAGAACUAAUCCACGGAGAUUUGUCAUUUUUCCUAUCGAGUAUCAUGACAUUUGGCAGAUGUACAAGAAGGCCGAAGCAUCGUUCUGGACAGCAGAGGAGGUGGACUUGUCUAAAGACUUAGCACACUGGGAAGAGCUGAAGGAUGAAGAAAGACAUUUUAUUUCACAUGUACUGGCAUUUUUUGCCGCAAGCGAUGGAAUUGUCAAUGAAAACCUGGUGGAACGCUUCAGUCAGGAGGUUCAGGUGACAGAAGCGCGAUGUUUCUAUGGAUUCCAGAUCGCUAUUGAAAAUAUCCACUCAGAGAUGUAUAGUUUAUUAAUAGACACAUAUAUUAAAGACCCAAAGCAGAGGGACUUCUUAUUUAACGCUAUUGAGAACUUGCAAUGUGUAAAGAAGAAGGCUGACUGGGCGUUGAAGUGGAUCGGGGAUGAUGAAGCUACUUUUGGCGAAAGAAUUAUUGCCUUUGCCUCAGUAGAGGGUAUCUUCUUCUCCGGGUCAUUUGCUGCCAUCUUCUGGUUGAAAAAGAGAGGAAUCAUGCCCGGUCUUACCUUCAGUAACGAACUCAUCAGCAGAGACGAGGGUCUUCACUGCGACUUUGCAUGCCUGAUGUUCAAGCACCUUGUAAACAAACCAUCCCAGGAGAGAGUGUACGAGAUUGUGAAGCAGGCGGUGACGAUUGAGCAAGAGUUCCUGACUGACGCUCUCCCGGUGAAACUGAUUGGCAUGAAUGGUGAUCUGAUGAAACAAUACAUUGAGUUUGUGGCGGACAGGCUGCUUGUGGAAUUGCAGUGCGAGAAGGUUUACAAUGCAGAGAAUCCCUUUGACUUCAUGGAGCACAUCUCCUUAGAGGGCAAGACCAACUUCUUUGAGAAGAAAGUGGGAGAGUACCAGAAGAUGGGCGUUAUGUCUGGAGGACAGAAUCAUGAAUUUACAUUGGAUGCCGAUUUCUAAAAUAGUGCAAUAUGUCGGACUACUGUAGCUAUCGGAUAUGGAUAAAUUUGUUCAUGAAAUUGAUUAAUACUAUUAUUGAAUGUAGUACUAAGUACAUUUUUAGCCCGCAUUUAAUCAUUUCUCACUCACAUUUUAUAAUUGUAAAUUGUAUACAUACAGUUUUAUUUUAAAAACAUUUUAAGUUAUUGGUUUUAAUAAAUGUUAAAACACAAAAAAAAAACUGAAACAGAUUAAUGAUUGUUU